CGCCUGUGCGCGUUUCACCCGCCUGGCUGCUCGCAACCGCAGAGCCACACAAGCAAGCGGCCGCUAUGGCCCUGCCACGCUGCUAGCCCGAGUCUGCAGACGCCCUGCGAGCCUGUCGUCCACUCAACGCCUCACCGCUCUAUUCCGGGCACCGUGGGCCGCAGAAUGGCUGGCCACAGCGAGCCCAAUCGUGCCGUGGCGUCUGCAUCGUGCGGCUCUCGUGCGCAGCGCGGUGGGCGAACCUGUGCAGGAGGUAGAUAUACUCGGAUCGUUUCCUUCGCAUCUCUAGUCUGUUUGUUUCUCUGUUUCUCUUUCGUCUUGCCAUCGUCUUCGUUGUCCUGCGGUCGAGUCUGGUACCGGCCUUGUUCAUUUCACACCAGCCGGUCUGUCUUUGCGUGCGCACAUUUCAACCAUGAUUCCCUCGACAACCUUCUCCCGGAUUUCUGUGCUGUUCCUCCUCACGUCAGCAAUCACAUCGACCCAAGCAUCGAGCCUGUUCCUCCGGCAAGCACCGACAUGUGGAGGCAAACAAGGUCUGCAGCAGUGCGGCGGCAGCUUUCCAUCCGACUUCUGCUGUCCCAAAGACUCCACAUGCAUGUCCCUCAAUAGCCCAGACAUUCAGUCGGUCAUCUGCUGUCCCGCAGGCGCGGACUGUGCCUUCAUUCAGCCCAUCACCUGCGAUGUCACCCAGCUCAACGCCACGCUCCAUCCUGACAACCAGAUGCAUCUUUCUGAUACCACUGGCGUGGAGCUUCCCACAUGUGGCACCAAGUGCUGUCCGCUAGGCUACUCAUGCAAGAGCGGCAUGUGCUCCAAAGACGAGACCACGCCAUCCCCCACCUCGUCUGCCUCUUCGACACCAUCCCCCACUGGACCUGCAUCUUCGUCUCAGACGUCGGAAUGCCCAGCGCCUGUAGCUGAGAAGUCGAGCUUCGAUGGCAAAUCCUUCGCAGCUGGUUUUGUGCCAGGUAUUGUCAUCGGAGCGCUGGGUGCUGUGGGAUUGAUCUGGUUGAUCAACAAGCGCCACAACAGCCAGAACAAGAAGAAGUACUCUGGCGACUUUGGUCAUGUCGCACGUAAAAUUAGCGAUCCUAUCUACGAUCCUGAACUUGCAGCACGGGUAGACUUUAUGCGUCGCCCAUCGCACUCUACACAUCGUUCGCCCGCCUCGAACCACUCCGGCAUAGCCUCCAACGGCAUGCCUUCCAAGCCCACUGUAGGCACUGGUCUUACACCGCGGAUAAGGAGCAUGUGGGAUCGCACACCGAAGUUGAACUUCGGCUUCGCUCACACCACCAACAACAACGGGCCAGGCCUGCCCGCAAACCCCAAUCCCAACCGACCAGCCCCCGUCGUCCGUGCCGGCAGCAGUGAUCGCGAUCCCUACAAGACGCCCACCUUCACCCCCAAGCCCGUCCCUUCGCAGCGCCGCACAAGCAGGUCAAGCCGCUCCCAGCGCCGCCGUGAGCCGGAGAUGGAGCAACGCCAACACACGCGCCCCACGCCACCUGAGCGCGUCGAAAGCACCGAAACCAUCGACGUGCUGAUGCCGGCGCCCAACCUGUCCUUUCUCGCGCCUCCCAAGGCGCACGGGAUGCGGGAUAACCGGGCCACGUGCGACUCCAACACGACAACGUUCACGAAGCUGAUGGAGCGCGCGGGGUUUGACGACGACACAAACCGCGACGUGAAGAACUUCAGCGGACCGGGGAGAUUCUAAUGAUUUGAAAUGCACGACGUAAUGUUUUUCUGUUCCUUAUGACGGGCUGCCGUGCCGCUUGCCACGGCCGACGUACACACUAGAUACCAGGCAUGAGACCACUCCUUUCGAUUCUUUGAUCAUUUAGCUUUGAUAGCAUAUUUAACUUAUUUUUUGUA